UGGAAGUCAACCACAAAUAACAUACAAUAGAUAUGAAUGUCUAAUUGAUGAGGACGAAAUUGCUGAAGUUGUUCAGCCGGAACAAUCGGCACAAUGCCCAGCGGAGCACACAGGCCAUCCUACUGGUAAUGAAUGUCUAAUUGUUGAGGGUGAAACUGAUGAAAUUGUUCAGCCGGAACAAUCAUCACAAUGCCCACCUGAGCAAACGAACCAUCCCACUGGUAAUGUUUAUCAAAAUCCUAAUCGUCCUGGAGACCAAAGUGCAAGACCGUGUGUUGUCUUAAUCGGCGAUUCUAUCAUUAAAAACAUCAUUCCACAGAAGCUGUCGCAGAAAAGAGUGCAUAAAUUUACAUACCCAG